CAUUCUUGAACAGAACGGCUUGGCCCCUCGCCAUUUGCAUUAUCGUGAGAGUAAACGGAGCAAACCUUAAGGAAACGGCGUCGUUCUUAAAAAUCUGAUUGUAAUUUGUGAAACAACACCGCCGGCCAGUCGCCCCGUGUCUCUGCUUAGUGCUGAGUCAUAAAGGGCUGCAGACAUGAGCUACCACAUGCCGCAACGCCAUGGAGGCUACAACAUAAGCGACCGGGAUGCCGAGACAGCAAUGUGGCAACAAGGCUCGUACCUUGCCCCAACCCAGGACUCUGGCAUCCACUCUGGGGUGCCGAGCCAGACGCCCAGUCUGGUGGGCAGGGACCCCGGCCCUGAGGAGGAGGAUGGCGGCGACGACGGCCUGUUGUUCGACAUGGACAACAGCACUUUCACGCACACGUUCACGCAGGGCGAGGUGGACGACAUCAAUCAACAGCUGAGCCAGACUCGCAGCCAGCGCGUGCGAGCCGCCAUGUUCCCCGAGACCCUUGAGGAAGGGACAGAAAUCCCGUCAACCCAAUUCGAGACGACUCAUCCAUCGGCCGUGCAGCGCCUCUCCGAGCCGAGCCAGAUGCUCAAGCACGCCGUCGUCAACCUGAUCAACUACCAGGAUGACGCUGACCUCGCAACCAGGGCUAUACCUGAACUCAUCAAGCUCCUCAAUGAUGAGGACCAGGUCGUCGUCUCACAGGCCGCCAUGAUGGUCCACCAGUUGAGCAAGAAGGAAGCCUCUCGUCAUGCCAUCAUGAACAGCCCCCAGAUGGUGGCUGCUUUGGUGCGCGCCAUUUCGAACAGCAAUGACCUGGAAACGACCAAAGGCGCUGUGGGCACACUGCACAACCUGUCGCACCACCGCCAGGGCCUGCUGGCCAUCUUCAAAAGCGGCGGCAUCCCCGCCCUGGUGAAGUUGCUGAGCUCACCAGUAGAGUCCGUGCUCUUCUACGCAAUCACCACGCUGCACAACCUGCUGCUGCAUCAAGAGGGAUCAAAGAUGGCCGUCCGCCUUGCCGGCGGCCUGCAGAAGAUGGUCGCUCUGCUGCAGAGGAACAACGUCAAAUUCCUCGCAAUCGUCACUGACUGCCUGCAAAUUUUGGCCUACGGCAACCAGGAGAGCAAGCUCAUCAUCCUCGCCUCGCAGGGCCCCAUGGAGCUUGUGCGCAUCUUGCGCUCCUACGACUACGAAAAGCUUCUGUGGACCACUUCCAGGGUCCUCAAAGUCCUGUCUGUGUGCUCGAGCAACAAGCCUGCCAUCGUCGAAGCUGGUGGUCUGCAGGCUCUUGCUAUCCAUCUGGGCCACCCCAGCCAGAGACUGGUCCAAAACUGUCUUUGGACCCUGAGAAAUCUGUCUGACGCUGGAACCAAAGUGGAAGGACUCGACGGACUACUGCAAAGCCUGGUUCACCUCUUGGGCUCUGCCGACAUCAACUUCAUGACAUGCGCCGCCGGAAUCCUGUCCAACCUGACUUGCAACAACCAGCGCAACAAGGUUGUUGUCUGCCAGGUGGGCGGAGUUGAUGCUCUCGUCCGCACCGUCAUCAACGCUGGAGACCGCGAGGAGAUCACCGAACCUGCUGUUUGCGCUCUUCGCCACUUGACCUCGCGUCAUGUGGAGGCUGAGAUGGCGCAGAAUGCUGUGCGCCUCAACUAUGGCAUGCAAGUGAUUGUGAAGCUUCUGCAUCCCCCAUCCCGUUGGCCACUCGUCAAGGCCGUCAUUGGGCUGAUCCGCAACCUGGCCCUGUGCGCCGCCAACCAUGCUCCCUUGAGGGACACUGGCGCCAUUCACCAGCUCAUCCGGCUGCUCAAUAGAGCCUUCCAAGACACACACCGACAACGUGCUAGCUCUGUGGCCAGUGACACCAAAUCAGCUCCAUCUCCACAACCAGGAGGAAACGCGUCUCUGGUGUACGCAGAAGGAGUGCGCAUGGAGGAGAUCCUCGAGGGAACUGUCGGUGCCCUGCACAUUCUUGCUCGCGAGCACAACAACCGCAACGUGCUGCUCAACCAAAGCACCAUCCCAGUGUUUGUGCAGCUCUUAUACAGCGACAUCGAGAACAUUCAGCGCGUAUCUGCUGGCGUCCUCUGCGAACUGGCCGAAGAUAAGGAGGCAGCUGACAUGAUGGAACGUGAGGGCGCAACUGCUCCUCUCACCGACCUCCUUCACUCCCGCAACGAGGGAGUCGCUACUUAUGCUGCUGCGGUGCUCUUCCGUAUGUCUGAGGACAAGCCUCAAGACUUCAAGAAGAGGCUGUCGAUGGAGCUGACCAGCUCUCUCUUCAGGGAUGACCACUCCCUCUGGACCGGCGGCACCGACUACAACAUGGCUCCUGAUCUCCAAGAUAUGCUAGGUGCAGCUGACUUUGAGGGUUUGUAUGUGCAGUCGCCACCACAGCGCAGCCACCACAGCAUUUACAGUGGCCAGAACCAAUCAGCCUAUGCCACGCUACCAGUAGAGAGCCUGCAAGACCUCGACCUGAAUCAACCCCAGAACAACCCUCCGACGCCGUCGUCGCUGCCCCCGAGCGGCGGCCAGCAGUCUCCCGCGGUGCCCAACCCACCGCGCGACAACGGCAACCAACUCGCCGCCUGGUACGACACCGACCUCUGAAUAUUGCAUUUCAACACAGACACACACUUCCGUUCUUAAGUUUAGACAGUACAACAGGAAUAAUUUCAGACUCUGCACUUUGAUUAAUUGCUAGUGGUAAACUUAAACAUAAAUUGAGCGUCAGGUGGUGCUCAUCCUUGGUCCCAGGGGUUGGUGGAUGAAAUGAAACAACAACUACUGUGGAAAACACUUGAUAAAAGAAGCCUGAUUUCGCGAGGAUUUUUAUUUUUAUUUUCUUUUCUUUCUGUCGAGGUGUUUUUUUCUUCCAUUAAACAGAUAACGUGCAAUGAGACCUAAAUUAAAUUUUAAGCUUAUGCUGCCCUGGGACCGAAGGAGCUGAGGAAUUGUUUCAUUCACUUCAGUAUGCAAAUAUAUUAUAUUAUAUCAAUGUUGUAUGGUGCUUGGGACUGGGGUUGACUUUACAAUUUUGGUAAGAAACUUUUUAGAGUACUCCUCCCCCCCCCCUCCUGUCAGCUGGCAAGCGUAAUGACAAAUAUCGAGCUUCUACGUACAGUUAGAUAACUGAAUCACUUACUAGGCUAGAUCUCAAGCGAAUUGGCGGGCGUCGGCAGACUCCUCGCUCGCUCUGCGAGUGCAGAGCGGACGGACGGACGGAGGACGUCUACCGAUCGGGCCGAAUCUUUAGUUUGACUGUCAAUGUAUGUCGUUUUAUAUUCAAUUAACCUCUAGCGAGCGUACAUUAUUAUUAUCAUCAUUACUCGAGACGAACGCGUAUACUUGUCUUCUUCUUUAAGAGAGUUCGAUGCACAAACCAAACGGAUCCGACGCAUAUUUAUUGAUUGACUGAAGAAAUGAUUACUUGUGCACUCUUCGCUGUUGCAUCCCUCAACGCCUUCAGUGUAACAUGUUUACCAAACCUGUUACACUGAAGGCGUUGAGGCAACAGCGAAGACGCGAUUUGAUGAGCAGCUUGUGUGUGAAGCAUGAUUCAUCGAACAGAAUAAUUUCCGAGAUAGGGUUUUGAGCAGCUCCAGUUUACACUACUCUUAUAUAAGUUUUAAAAUAGCGUGUAGACGUACAUUUCAAUCGCAGCAUAAAGACGGCUCUUAUUUCUAUACAACAUUCGAUCGCCCAGUGUUUGCCAUAAUAAUAUUACGACCGACGUUCUUUUUAUGUAGAUGGAACUAUAUAAAUCACGCAAUUAUUUGUAAUCGAAAUAAAUGUAACUACC